AUGGCACCAAUUAACCUAAUCGUAUCCUCCCUCCUUCUGGGUUCUGCCCUCUGUUUCCUCUCCAUAUCAAUCUGUCUCAACCACUGGCGUGGCGGUAAUCUCUUCAACUAUGACGUUGUCCAUCAUAAACACACCGCUCUUACUUGCGCGGCCCUCCUCAUUACUGGCCUUUUGCUAUGGACAGCCGCUUUCAUAAUUGGGUUGGUCCGUUUCUGUUCAACCGAAGAUUUGAUUGGUCAACGGGGUCUUGGUCUAGCCUACCUCGUCUGUCUCUAUUUGGGAACUCUAAUCACGAUAACUGGUGUAUUGGUCUACACUGGUCAAAUAGGUAAAGAUUGGUCAUAUAUGCUCUCAGUUGUGGCUUGGACUUCUAGCCUUGUGGUUUCCUUCAUGGCGGCAAUUAUGUGCAGAUGCCGUGCUGUACGCCAAUAA